GUUCGGAUCUUAUUGCUAACAUGUGCAAUGACCAUCGCCUUCGCGCCUGCUCUUCGAGGCUAUAAGACCGACUAUCGAGACAUUUCAAACUGACGAGAAUUAGCCGAUUUCACGGUGAAAGCGACAAUGAUGAUAUAAUUUUCAUGAUAGUUUUACCAGUGGUACGUUGACAUAUUCUGAAUAGCGUUUACAUCGAGACGGCGUUCACACAGUAGUCAGCGCCCACCGACUUGACAACUGGUGAUUCUCAUUUCAGUGAAAAUCCACAAAGACAUGUUKAUCUUAUUGCUAACAUGUGCAAUGACCAUUGCCUUCGCGGACAGUUGCAUUUUUCUUACCAACGAGAUCACAAUUGAAAGCGGUCCCAUCAGAGGAAGCGCGCAUCCAAUAGUUAGCAAGUACCUUGGCAUCAAAUAUGCGCAAGCAGACCGAUUUGAGAAACCUGUUAAYGUGACACCGUGGAACGACGUAAGAGACUGUGUGUCGUUUGGUCCUGCUUGCUAUCAACCCAGAUUUGAAGGUCCUUUUGGGAUAAGUUCUGACGAUAUGAGUGAGGACUGYCUGAACCUCAACGUUUAUGUGCCAAGCACUGCAAGCGUCCAACACCCMCUCCCUGUGAUGAUAUGGAUCCAUGGUGGCGGUUUCUUCUCAGGUUCGAACAGGUUGGCGGACGACAGCCAUCUUGCAGAGUAUGGAAACGUCAUUUUGGUUUCAAUCAAUUACCGUUUGGGGUUCUUUGGUUUUCUUCGUGACUCAGCAAGUGGYUUUGCAGGAAACUACGGUCUUUUUGAUCAGCUGGAGGCUAUAAAAUGGGUUAAUAGAAACAUCGGCCAAUUCGGAGGUGACCCAAGUCGUAUAACCAUAUUUGGUAACUCCGCUGGGGGUAUGACUGUAGGGCUUCUUAGUAUUUCUCCGUUAACCAAAGGAUUGUUCAAGUWCGCCAUUAUGCAAUCCGGAUCAUAUUUUAGUCAGCUUGCAUAUGUAAAGCCUUCGGAUGGYUUAUUAGAAAACAAAAGAAGCAACUUCAAUUGUCCUGKCGAUACAGACAUGAGGUCCUGUCUACAGUCCAUGGAAGCUGAAGAUUUAGUCCAAGCUAGCGCUGGCAUGGAAAUACAUAUUAUGCCAGUUGUAGAUGAAGACAUCCUAUCGGAGUCCGCACUUCGUAAUGGAGACUUCACACAAGAAAGCACUCUCAUGGGCGUGGCCCGCAACGAUGGAUCGUGUAUAACUAAUGCUAUACCGGAACUAUCUGAUGGUCCGAUUAAGCUUUCAACUGGAAACCUGAACUUAGAGACCUUUGAAGGAGCUAUCARCCUCACGUACGCAGGGAUACUUCGUAGAUUUCAUUACAUUGAUGUGCCCGGAUUUAAAGAGUUCUUUAAAAACAGAACAUUUCAAGAAUACCUGGGCAUAUCGAGGGGGAAUACGCAAGACGUAGAACACGCAAGACAACCGAGACCGGAGCGAAUACGAAAAAAAAUUAUUGACGUUGUGACAGACUGUGCAUUUGCCUAUCCAGCCAUUUCUGAAGCCAAUUUCUAUGCUAACAAAAGUCAAAAGAUCUUCUUUUAUCAGGCGGAAUAUGGCACGCGCAUUCCAAACUACUUUACAAUCCCACCUUAUUUGGAAAAUGGUUAUCAUGAAACGGAAAAAUUCAUGGCAUUUGGAUUUCUCGUCAAUAGCGGAGAACCAAGUUCACCAGAUAGCCGUCUGUCCUCUAAAGUCAUGAGGAUGUGGUCAAACUUCGCUAAAACCGGAGAUCCUAACAAUCCAAUAGCACUGGGGCUGAGCGAGAACAUCCAGUGGCCUGAAUACGAUGAAGAGACACAACAAUACUUAUCAAUCAAGCCAAACAUGACGAUCAACCGCGAAUUACGACCCGGAAAAAUGAGUUUUUGGGGAGAAGUCGAAUCCAGAUAUAGGUUAAUGCAGACGCAGCAAUCUAGCGAUUCGAGUUUCAAGAACGAAUCUUCCUUUUCGGCCGAUAAUGACACUUAUAAUGGAACAAUUAAAUAUUAAAAAACACUGGAAACAGGAUGAGGAUAUCAUCGUAUAUAUUAUUGACAAAGGGCAAUAAAUGAAAUAAUAAGUACUACUAUAAGAACAAAUUGACAUGGAUGAAUACACCACGUGCCAUUUGCCUUUCCAGGGCGAAUUUUUACACUUGAAGUCUAAUAAUGAAAAUAAUAAACGGUGUGCCAUGUCCUUCUUUCUCCCUAUCAUAACUGAAUAAGUCAGACUCCCCUCUACCCCCCCUUCCUCCCCAACGAAUUGAAGCAAAACGUUGAAUGUCACAACUUAUCUUGCUAUCGAAACAAUAAUGAAGAUCGGCCGAGAAUGGAUUGAAGUUUCGUCAUGUUGAAACUGUUAAUCCAUUGUAUGAAUAUGAAAAUGUUGUCUUAUAACCUUUAUAUAUAUAUAUAUAUGUUCUAAUGAUUGGAAAUUUUAUACGAACUAGGGUCCUAUAAAAUAAAACAUGCAUAUUUCU